AUGCGUGGGUGGAUUGCACUGCUCGUCGCUGCUGCUGCUGCCGUUGUUGCGGAGCAGCAGCCGUUUGAGCUAAAAGACGCCGGCAGAGAGUAUAGUGUGGAUGCGCCGCUCAGCGGUCGGUUCCUGCACGUUACCGACAUGCACAUGGACAAGCACUACAAGGACGACACGGCCGUGGUCUCGUCGUGUCACCACAAUAAGCCGCACAACAAGCAUGGCGGAAAGUGGCGCGCGGGACACUAUGGCACGCCGGUGAGCGACUGCGACUCGCCGCGCACGCUCGGCAACAAGACGCUCGAGUGGGUCACCCGCAACUGGAACGUCACGUCGCACGACGACGAGUCGGCCGGCGCGCGCAACCCGUUCGACUUUGUGCUCUGGACGGGCGACUCGGCGCGGCACGAGCAGGACCCGCUCGUGCCGCGCACCGCCAAGGAGGUGCUGCAGGCGAACGAGUUUGCGGUGGAGCUGAUGGAGUCCUACUUUCCCACGACGCCAAUCGUGCCCAACUUUGGCAACAACGACGUGGCCCUGCACAACAUCAUGCCGCGGGGCCCGUCCAAGGAGCUCGAAGCGUUCCUCUCGGUGUGGAAAAACCACAUUCCGGAGGACCAGCACGAGGCUUUCCGCGAGGGCGGCUACUUUGCCAAGGACAUUGUCCCGGACCGCCUCGGCGUGAUUAGCAUCAACACGCUCUACUUUUACGACUCGAACAAGGCCGUGGACGGAUGCCCAAAGCGCCGCCGCCGCGACCGCCGCCGCGACGCAGACAUUGGCACGCUCCAGCUGGAGUGGAUGACGGAGCGCCUGCUCGAGUUCCGCCGCCGCAACAUGCAGGUGCACAUUAUCGGCCACGUCCCGCCGACCGCGGGCAACUACUUUGUGCGCUGCUUUGAUGUGUACACUGAGCUCGUGUUGCGCUUCCAGGACACGAUCGUCGGCCAGCACUUUGGGCACAUGAACCUCGACAUGUUCUUUAUCCAAGAGUCGGCGCUCGCGACCGCGCGCACGCGCGACGUCCAGCCCGAGACCGUGCCAGUGGUGAUGAAGCGCGUCGAAGAGGACCUGCGCCACGACUACGAGUCGCUGCCGGGGCCGGCGCGCACCAACAUGGACUACUACUCGACGUUCUUCGUCUCGCCGAGCGUCGUGCCGACGUACCUGCCCGCGGUGCGCGUGUGGACGUACAACACGUCGCUCGUGCACGACAACCGCCCCGGCCUUGCCUCGGUCGAUGACGCGGACCGCGAGGCGCUGCUCGACUUUGUGCGCUACGACUCGUGUGCAGAGGACGACGAGGACCCCGAGUGCCACGAAGAGGUGAUCGCCGCGCAAAACGCCACUGUCCAAAAGAAACAGCGCAACCACAGCCGGCCGCACCGCCGCAGCCGCCGCCGGCACCACAAGAUGCCGCGGUACGCGUCGCCCGACGCGCCGUCGCGCUCCAACACCUACCUGAGCCUGCUCGGCUACAGCGAGUGGGUCCUCGACCUGCCCAAGGCGAACAAGCUGUAUGAAAAGACCCAGCGCGUGAACGGCACGGCAGCCGCCGAGGACCUGCUCCUCGAGUUCGACCUGGAGUACGCGACGUACAACGCCGAGACGCUCUGGCACGAGUACUUUGACCUCGCCUCCGACGCGCGCCCGCAGCACAGCCACCACUCUUCGCCGUGGGAGCACCACAUCCCGGUGCCGCGCCACCUCCUUGAGCGCAAGCUCAAGCAGCUCCAUAUCGACACGCCGCUGCGCUGCCGCAACGACAAGUGCCGCGUCCGCCACAAGGUGCGGUUCCUCUCCGAGUACGGCCUGAGCGACAUGACACUGCGUUCGGUGAUGAACCUUGCACGCCAGCUCGUGCUCGACCGCAAGCUAUGGAAGCACUACGUGCACCGCAUGUACACCAACAGCCUGCUCAACGAGUAG